AUGGAAAAGAAGGAGAAGAAGUCAGUGAUUCAAAAAGUGAAGAGGACACUUCGGCGGAGGAGCAAAAGUACUGACGCUAGCAAUGAUCAGAAGAAAGGGACGAAGACUGUUGACGGCGCAGAAGGUCCCUCGAAAGCUUCCAGAGUCAAGACAGCUUUCAGGAAUCGUAAAAAGUCCACCACAGGAAUCAAGAACUCAAUUUCGAAAGAGUGCAAUGCACCAACUAACAAAAGUAUUUCUCGGGAGUCAGUUCGGAAGACGAAAAGCUCAUUUUUGAGUACAGUGGACACGGAGGAGGACGCACCUGCACAGACGCCAGACACAAUAAUGUCUGAGAUCAAAAAGGAAGAGCUGAAAGAGAAAGGGAUGAAAGAGGAAAAGAAAGAAGAGAAGAAGGACUCCCGAUCGGAAAAGAAUACUGAAAAUAUGAAGCACUCGAAGCAGAAAACAAAGAUGUGGCUGGGAAUGCCUUCUGCGCUCAACUUCUGCAACAAGAAAAAUGACAUCCAAAAGAUUCGAGAAGAAUUUGGGUUCCUCGACUCGCUUGCAACAAGACCACUGAAGCUUUUGAAGCAAACAAAGUUCGAAAUCGUGAAGGGUGUCCGAAGAUCUACGAUGAAAAUCGGGUUCAACUGAAUCGUCCAGGACACGAGGAUGUCAACUACAUCAACGCCAGUGUCAUCACCUUGAAAGAUUUCGAGCACAAGCUAAUCGUCGCCCAACUUCCCCAGAUGGAAAACGAAAGUUUCGUGGAAGACUUUUGGUACAUGAUCUACCAGGAACAGAUACAUCUUGUCUACUUGAUGGUCCCGGAUGACAAGCUGAAGAACACCACGACUUCUUUGUUCAACGACGAGAAUGGUGGCUAUCAGUACACUGGAAAGAUGUUUAUCAACAAUCGGCGUGCCGACGUUUCUGGAGAUCCAAAGGAAUAUACGAUUGAAGUAUUGCCCGAAGGAAAUUCAGAUUCUGUCAUAUGCCAGGUUCAUCAUCAUGCUCCAUGGAAGCAUCUGCAGCAACCACCAAAAACUCUUCCGAUCAUCAAAAUGAUUCACCAAUUUCUUUCGGAGAAGCAGGUACAAAACGCUGGAGUCUGCGUGGUCAGCUUGUUCGGAUGCGGCCGUGCGUGCAGCUUCAUUGGUGCUCUCUACGCAAUCAACCAGCUCAAUAAUGGAAUUGAGCCCAAUAUUUGCGAGAUCAUGAAGAAUAUCAAACAGCAGCGUCCAGGAGGAGUCGAAUCUUUUGCUCAAUACGCUAGUAUCUAUGCAAUUGUGUUUGACUACAUUUCGCGCAAACGUGGCGGAAAGAAGGCUCCCGUAAACAAGGACAUCAAGCGAUUCAUUAAUGAGCUCACCGAGAUCUCCCCAGCAUGCUCCCCGACAAAAGUGAUGCCUUUGAGCACUUAG